AUGGCGCAGUCUGCAGGGCGGUUGCAGGAUGAACACUUCCGGAGGCGAGGCGAGGUGAGGCGGCCGGAAGCGGAGCACCUGGCUGCUUCCGGCUGGCUGGCUGGCUGGCUAGCGGCAGCACCUUCAAAAAGGAAGCACCAGGAGAUGGCCUCUAGUUCAGCAAGUUCUACUACUGAACCUGAGCGGAAAAUCAAGAGAGGCAAGAAGGAGAGGCCCGUAACCAAGGAGUUUAAGACAGCCAGUCAGAAGAACCUGACACCUGCUCCGAAUUCCACCUCCAUCAAGGAGCCCUCAAUACUGAAACCGAGGAGGAAGAAAACAAAGAAGAGUAAUGAAUGGACCAUCAAUUACUCAGAGAACACAAAGCUGUGGAUGCGGAAGUGGAGAAGCUCCAGUUACCGUCCUGAAGACCUGGAAGCCUUCUUCCGACUUCUAGGCUCUCAGCAGAGCCACUGUUGGUUUUCCUAUGGUUCCCAGAAAGACAUAUUCUUGGCCACGGGCAGAAACAAGUCCCCAAUAGAGAGAUCAAUAUGUUCAGGACUUAGCAAGGGGUAUCUGCUCUCCAUGGUGGUGGAGUAUUUUGGCCAUGUUGGGCUGCCUGGACACCUCUACAAUAGGAUCCACUUCUUUCUGGCCCUCUACAUUGCCUCGGAAAUGGAGGAGGCCGACCCUACUUCCCAGUGGAUCAUCCUCCAGUCCCUGCUGGGCAGGGAGAACGUGGAUAAACUCUGCAAGGAGUUUCUCAAUCUGAGGAUGGAGUUCUUCCAGGCCAUGGAAUACCGAGCCUGGGUCACCCCAGAGCUCUGUGAGGAGAUCCAGGCCCAGGACCCACAGCACUGGGUGUGGAGGCGGGUGCGCCAGUGCACCUCCUAG